AUGCGUUCCACGGCCUUCCAGUGCGCUGCUGCUACCGGGUACCGAACAGUCAAGCUUGUGUGCUGCAAGCGCCGCGUGUCGUCGGUGCAGAAAGGAAUUCGGGGCCUUGAUGGGUCAAUACAGCAUCGAGGGCUUGUUUCGCCCCGGCCAUCCUUCCGAAUACAGGCUUGCACAGCACGACUGUUCGACGGCAGCAUGGAUGAACAAUUGGCCCAUCACUGUUCUCCUGCAUUUUCAACCAGGCAGGGCGAUAUGAUGGGGCAAGUGCAAGACGAUCGCCCACCGUUGAAUCUGGAAUUGGGCGGCGCCUGUCCCGGUGGUUUGUCAGAGAAGGAAAUCGAAAGAAGACGAAAGAUUAGUGCUGCAAACAAGGGGAAGGCCCCCUGGACCAAAGGAAGGAAAUUAACCCAAGAGCACAGGCAGCGCAUCAAGCAGGGCACUAUCGAGGCUCUGAGAGAUCCCAAGGUUAAGAAGAAAAUGCUAGGACACCGUCAGUUGCAUAGACAAUCGAGCAAAGACAAAAUAAGCGCCGCGCUGAGAAAGGUAUGGGAGAGGAGAAUGAUUUCUGUCAGGUCAAGACAGAUGAUCCUUCGUAUAUGGUCAGAUAGCAUCGCUGAGGCAGCGAAAGAAGGUGACCACGGGCAAGAUAAGCUGGACUGGGACAGCUAUGACAAGAUACAGUCUGAGAUGAUGUCUGUGUUCCUAUGGAACAAAGAGAAAGAACGGGUAACCAAGAAGCUUAAAAGGGCGGUGACAAAAAUCGUUGCCAAGAAGCUUCAAGCAGCAGAGAAAAUGGAGCUACUGACUAAAAGAACAAAGAAGGCGAAACCUGAGAAGCUGGUGCUGCAAAAGUCAGAUGCUCAGCCGAGACGGGUGUUGGCAUCCACAAGACCAAAGCUUAAAGAGAGGCUAACCAAGUUGGCCUCUGUGGAUGAUGAUCAGUCAAGUGAUGGUCAAGCUGCUCUUAGGAUGAGGUCCUCCAAGAGUAAUGGGAGCGUGCAGAAGGCGGGGAGAGUUAACCAUGCCCAGGGAGAAGGGGCGAGCUGGGUUCUUGUCGCAGGAGGAGUUCUUCUGAGCACUCUUUCAGUCAGAUUUGGGUGCAAGCUGAAGCAAAUGUUUGAUACGAAGAAGCAAAAUAGCACCUCCAGAGCCAAAAGAAGGCAUGGAUCUUGUGAACUACACUCGAAUCUGUACCGUUUUGAUGAUGAAACCAAUUGCUACUGCUGUGUCUCAGAUGGUGGAGUGGAAAUCAAGCAAGCACCUGCAAGUUCUUUAUCGAAACCUGAUGAACCCUCCCUUCCUCUUGCAAAGAUACCAGGGCCAGAAUCAAGCAAAGAGAACAGUGGCGUCAUGUGGACGUCAUCGCCUGACCGGCUUGAAGAUCAUCGCAGACCAUUGCAGUACUCAAACAGUUCUGGCUCUCCCUGUGUUUCAGAGUCAGGAUCUGACAUUUAUAUCAAGAGAGAGGUCAUACAGAAGUUGAGACAGCACCUCAGGAAACGUGAUGAGAUGAUCAUAGAGAUGCAAGCACAGAUAGCUGAUCUUAAGAACUCUCUCAGCAUCGAGGAGACGCAGACCGCCAAUUUGCAGUCCCAGCUGGAUGGUGCCAACCGAGAUCUGUUCGAAUCUGAGAGGGAGAUCCAGCAGCUAAGGAAGAUCAUCGCAGAUCAUUGUGUGGCAGAAGCGCUCUCCCGCGACAAGCCCUUGCAAGCUGGAAACUGGCAACCAGAUGCCGCCAAUGGGCAUGCGAAUGGCUACGCUGAUAGCAGCAUCGAUGACCCUGAGCUGCACUGUAUUGGUAUCGAGAAGAGGAACGGCGAGGCAGAGAGGGUGGAGAUGCUCAAGAGAGAGGUGGGCGAGCUGAAGGAGGUGAUAGAGGGGAAGGACUUCCUGCUCCAGAGCUACAAGGAGCAGAAGGUGGAGCUCUGCUCGAAGAUGAGAGAGCUGCAGGAAAGGCUCUCGGCGCAGGUGCCCAACAUCUUGUAG